AUGACGUUGGAAAUGCGAUCACUCCCGCAACUUCGAGCGUCAAGCUUAUUCCCCAUGCCGAGUCAUUGGAUAUUGCCCGGUAAACUCGCCCAGAAAUCCACCAUAAGCUCUGUGGGCCUAGGGCCCCAUAUGGCCCCAUCGGAUCACCAAUCGGCUAUUGACGAAUGCAUGCGACAGGUCCAACUCCUCAACCCCAAAAGACCGGAAGGAAAGAUGAGCGCAUUCACCGGCCCAAGAUCCUUGUUUCCCCCGCACCUCUGGGGGUUAAAGACUUGCAUACAGUCUCCGCACUUGGAGAACCACAACCCGUCUCCGCUUCCCAACCUCACGAUCCAGAAACCCGGAGCUAGCCUGACCGCCCAGUUCGGCAUUCACAGCAUUCACAGCAUUCACGUACGUUGUAGGGCGGCGGCAGGGCGGCGGGCGGCCCCGCGACAAUUAGCCGGCACCGGCACCACCGUUGACGCUAUGAACGACGACCGGCGGCGAGAGUCGUCCGGUUCCCGACGACAAUACCCCUUCCGUCAAGAUGUACAGUUACAGCGUAGAGGAUCAUCCAUGGCUACCGUCUGGUGGUACUUAACCAAGGCCCCGGCCGAUCAAGGCCCAAUUUCCUUGCUUUCUGCUCCAGCCUUUCUCCCCCAUCUGUGGAAGCGAAGCACGUCGCCUCUGGCAGCUCCUGAACCUCUCUCACAGCCAGCUCCUUCCGGCCAAUUGGUCAUGGUGGCUUCUAUGAGCUGGGGCGCCGCUGCGGCGCUCAUCGGCCUCCUCCAUGUCGUCCAUGCAGACAACCCCAUUGUUCAGACUCGGUACACGGCAGACCCUGCCCCCAUCGUCCACAAUGGCCGCGUCUACGUCUUCACCAGUCACGACGAGGAAACCGCCAGGGACUUCUUCGACAUGCGCGACUGGCGCCUGUACUCGACAGACGACAUGAUGAACUGGCUGGACCAUGGCUCUCCUCUCGGCCUUGACGCCUUUGACUGGGUUCAGUCCGACGCCUGGGCGGGACAGGUCGUCGAGCGCGACGGCCAGUUCUUCUGGUACGUGCCCAUGUCGCAGAUCGGUGGUGAGCGCGGCAUCGGCGUUGCCGUGGCAGAAAACAUCACUGGGCCUUACCGAGACGCCAUCGGAGAGCCACUGGUCGCCAAUAACGAGAUCGACCCGCAUACUUUCAUCGACGACGACGGUCAGGCGUACAUCUACUGGGGCAAUCCCGGCCUCUGGUACGCCGAGCUCAAUGACGACAUGAUUUCCCUCAAGAACGACCCUGUCGAGGUCAACCUGACGACCGCCACAUUCGGCCCUCGCCGCGACUAUGAUUCGGAUCGACCCAGCAGCUACGAAGAAGGGCCCUGGGUGUACAAGCGAGACGAGUUGUACUACAUCCUCUAUGCCGCCAACUGCUGCGACGAGGAUAUCCGAUACUCUACGGCGCCUACCCCCAGAGGCCCCUGGACCUAUCGCGGUGUCGUGAUGCCCCCGCAGUCCCGCGCCUUCACCAACCACCCCGGCUACGUCGAGUUCCAGGGCAACAACUACUUCUUCUACCACAACGGUGCCCUCCCGCGCGGCGGCGGCUAUUGGCGCUCCGUCGCCGUGGAGCAGUUCAUGUACAACCUCGACGGCACGAUUCCCAAGCUCAUCAUGACCGAAGACGGCCCAUCCCAGCUCAAGCACGUCAACCCGUACGUUCGUCAAGAGGCCGAACUCAUCGCCUUCUCCCGCGGGGUCAGCACCGAGGUCUGCGAGGACGAGGGAGGCGGUAUGAAUGUGAACCGCAUCCGCCAGCGUGACUUCAUCAAGGUCGGUGGCGUUGACUUUGGCGAGGAGGGCGCGUGUUCGCUCGACGUGAGGAUUGCCUCGGGCGGCAAUGGAGGCUCGAUCCAGGUGAGGCUGGAUAACUGGGAGCGAGGCCGCAGGGUUGGUGAGUGUGAGGUCCCCAGCACGGGAGGGUGGCAGAAUUGGGAGACGGUGACCUGCGAAAUCGACCCGGAGGGGGCUCAGGGCGUCCAUGAUCUGUUCUUUGCUUUCUACCCGACGGAGGAGGAUCUUGUGCCCAUGUGGCCUGAAAGACCCGAAGAUAAGGGGAACGUGCUGUUCUCUUUCAACUGGUGGAAGUUUGAGUCCGAGGCACCCGCGAAAAAUACCAAGUCUAUUCGGCGCGACGAAGCGACUUUGUUCCUGUAA